CAGUCAGUCACCGACAGAUUUAGGUGAAAAGAAAAGACCACCUUGACAAUUGCAUGUGACACCACUGCACGUUUAAUGUCAUUCUUGUCUCAAAGUCUCUCUAUUCCUAUACCCUCCUAUCGCACCUGAUCCUAAACCCUGCCCAACUCCCCUCUUCAACUUUGCUGCUCCCCACUCUUCUUCUGCUUUCUAUUACUUUGGGCUGAUAAUAUGAAGCGGUUAAGGAGAAACCCGGAUGAGAGUGACCCGGAAACCAACCCGGAUCCUGACGGAGAAGGCUCUUUUUCGAAAGAUCAACACGAAAGGAAAUGUGGGUUGAGUUCAAUGAAGAUGAUGGGUUUCUUUGUGGUGGCUUUAAUGGUUGUGUCAGUUGUUUUCUCAGUAUCUGUAGUGCUUCAAGACCCACCAAGUGAUGGGGUUUUGGAAUCUGGUAAAAAUGUUAGAUUUCUUGAUGUUAUGGAAUCUAGUAAGGAAGAGCAAGUUCUUGAAGUCCAACCCCAGAAAGUUGUAGGUCCAGUUGAUGAUGAUGCCCUGUCUAUUGAGGUGCGAAAAGAUAAACUGCUCGGUGGACUUCUUGCAGCUGGAUUUGAUGAAACAUCUUGUGUCAGUAGGUACCAGUCGGUCUUAUACCGCAAAGAAUCGCAACAUAAACCUUCACCUUAUCUAAUCUCGAGGUUACGGAGUUAUGAAGCUCUCCAUAAACGAUGUGGGCCAUAUACAGAAUCAUAUAACAAAACCUUGGAAAAGCUCAAGACCGGGCAUCACCUUGAAUCUACAGAUUGUAAUUAUUUAGUAUGGAUUUCCUUUAGCGGAUUAGGAAAUAGGAUACUGACCCUAGCCUCAGCAUUUCUCUAUGCUCUCCUUACAAAUCGUGUUCUACUCGUUGACCCUGGAACUGAUAUGGUUGAUCUUUUUUGCGAACCAUUUCCAGAGGUCUCCUGGUUUCUCCCUCUGGAUUUCCCCCUUAAAAAUCAAUUCAGCAGCUUUGAUCAGAAAUCUCCUCAUUGUUAUGGAAGAAUGCUGAAGAACAACUCUUUUGCUAAUUCAAGCAAAUCGAUAUUGGCACCUUUUGUAUAUCUCCAUCUGGUUCAUAAUUACGAUGAUCAGGAUAAGCUUUUUUUCUGCGAUGAAGACCAAACUUCUCUCCAGGAAGUACCGUGGUUGAUCAUGAAAACAGAUAACUACUUUGUCCCAUCGCUCUUCUUGAUCCCGACUUUCGAGCAGCAACUGAGUAAUCUCUUCCCAAGAAAAGAAGCAGUUUUCCACUUAUUGGGUCGGUAUAUCUUCCACCCAACGAAUCCAGUUUGGGGACUCAUAACCCGAUACUAUCAAGCUUAUUUAGCUAAAGCAGAUGAAAGGAUAGGCAUCCAGAUCAGGGUCUUUGACACUGGGACCGGUCCAUUCCAACAUGUUUUGGAUCAGAUCAUUGCUUGUACCUUGAAGGAGAAUCUACUGCCGGAUAUCAGCACGGAAAAGCCAAUAAUCAAUCAAUCUCAGAAGUCUAAAGCUGUGCUGGUUACAUCUUUGAGUGGAGGUUACUUUGAGAGAUUAAGGGACAUGUACUGGGAACAUCCAACCGUGACAGGGGAGGUCAUCGGUUUUUACCAACCGAGCCACGAAGAGUAUCAGCAAACAGAGAAGCAGUUUCACAAUAGGAAAGCAUGGGCCGAAAUGUAUUUAUUGAGCUUGACAGAUGUGCUGAUCACAAGCUCAUGGUCAACUUUCGGUUAUGUUGCUCAAAGCCUUGGAGGAUUGAAGCCGUGGAUUCUGUACAAGCCGGAGAACCAGACGGCCCCAGAUCCACCUUGUGGUAGAGUCAUGUCAAUGGAGCCAUGUUUCCAUGCCCCACCCUUUUAUGACUGUAAAGCCAAAAGAGGCAUUGACACAGGUGCAGUUGUUCCUCAUGUAAGACACUGUGAGGACAUGAGUUGGGGUCUUAAGCUUGUUGACAAUGAGAGUGAGUUAUAAGCAUAGUUUCCUUUUUGUAGAAAGUAAAAUAUUAAAUCAAAUAUCCCGUAAAUUUUCACUCUGUAAUUUUAUUUUUCUUUUAGAUUCGUUAAUCAUAUUCAUUCACUGGUUCAAGGGA